AAGAAGAAGCGCCUCAUGUAAACAACAGCAGCUCCUCGGAUCCAGGUUGUUUACAUGGUAGUUCGGUUCUGGACGGGCUUCAGGCUCGGUUUCUGAGCGUCUUCUGCUUCGUAUUUCCGGUUUUUUUUCCGCCGAGCGGAGCUAACGGGAGCUAGCCGGCGGCGCGCGCGCGACAUGGACGAGAACAAGAUGGUCGCUGGUAAAGUGAAGAAGCCGGGAAAACGCGGCCGCAAACCCGCCAAGAUCGACCUGAAGGCCAAGCUGGAGCGGAGCCGGCAGAGCGCCCGGGAGUGCCGGGCCCGGAAGAAGCUGCGGUACCAGUACCUGGAGGAGCUGGUGUCCAGCAAGGAGAGGGCCAUCUGUGCACUGCGGGAGGAGCUGGAGAUGUACAAGCAGUGGUGCUCAGCGAUGGAUCAGGGGAAGAUCCCGUCGGAGAUCAAAGCUCUGCUGACCGCUGACGAGCAGAAGACGCCUGGGGGCGGAGCCACCAAAACCUCCAAGAACAGCAAAACAAACGGCAUCAGCAACGGCUCCAGUUAGAGCGGCGCCGCUCCUCCUCACAUCCUCUCCACUCUGCAGCGCCUCCUCCUCCUCCUCCUCCUAACGUCCAGGACUCCUGCUGCAGAGUGGAGACCUGACCCGUCCGACCCGUUUGUUGGGCAGGUUCUGGCCGGGUCGCCAGGUGGAACAGAGGCUGUCUGGAGCUGCAGAUGUUCCAGAGUUUAGAAGAACUGUUGUGUUCCUGUAGAGUUCCUGCUUCCGCCGUCCUGGCAGGUCACAUGACCACGUCUUUGCGUUUGUCCUGGACUGAAGCUCCUGUGUGAGCGUUUGUGUGGUCUGUGACGACAGCUCAGCACUCUGAAUGCAGCAGAGGUCCGGGUGUUGUAGCUUCUAAUAAACCGUUUCAUCUCCUGA